CGUAAAACUGCCCAUUUUUUUCCUUUCGCAGAACAUCGAUUCACGCUAUGCCGAUCCCUGUGGCUAAUUUGGUCAAUGCUUUUCGGAGCUGCAGUCAACGCCGAUAAUCCCCGCGGAAUGGCUAGCCGAUUCAUGGCCAAUAUAUGGGCACUGUUUGCGCUGGUAUUUCUCGCCUCCUACACAGCCAACCUGGCAGCAUUUAUGAUUUCAAAAGACGACUUCUAUGAUAUCAUGGGCAUCCACGAUUGGAGGCUUCAACAGCCGUGGAACCACAAACCGCCGUUUAGAUUUGCUACCAUUCCCAGUGGCGCAACCGAGGAGAACAUUAAGAUCAACUUUCCCGAGAUGGCUGCUUACAUGCGUGCUUUCAAUCGAACAACAGUGGUUGAGGGCUUGAAAUCCCUCAAAUCCGAGGAAAUCGACGCGUUCAUUUAUGACGCAACGAUAUCGGAAUACUGGGCUUCACGAGAUGAUGGCUGUAAGCUGAAAACAGUGGGCAAUCUGUAUGCGAUGACAGGAUAUGGAAUUGGUUUUCCCAAGGGCAGUCAAUGGCUUCCAAAAGUCAAUUCACGUAUCCUAAACUAUCAGAAAAAUGGUGAGUUCUUAAUGCACCUCAUUGGGCGCAAAUUUCAUAGAUGGAAACAAUUCUGGUUGAGUGGCGUUUGCAAGAAAAUGACCACUCUAGGUAAUACGAACAAGACCCUGGGCGUGAAAAAUUUCAUCAGUGCCUUCAUUCUGCUCCUUUGUGGAAUGCUUCUGUGUGGAAUCAUCUUCCUUCUUGAGCAUGCCUUCUAUCGUUACAUUUGGCGGCGUAUGCGCAAUUCGGAUCAGUAUGGAUGCUGUGCGUUGGCUGUAGUAGGAUAA